CCGUGAUCGGUGCCGUCUGCGAUGCACGUCGUCUACUGAUGCCCGAAAUAAAGAGUAGGAUCCUCUAGGUCCGUUAUCAUCGACGGCAAACAGACAGGCGGCUUGGACGACUCACGAGACCUCAUAGCAGACCGUGCCUCGGAGGCUUAAAUAAAAGGAGAGACGAGGGAGGACCGAAGACAAUGUGUCCGUAUUUGGUUCCGGCAGAUUAUGCCGGCUUUGCAUGUGUUGACCCCAUCUCUUGAUUUCACCUCCACAUACCUUAAGCUUUUGUAAUGACAGACACCGGCAAAAUGACGCCCGACUCAUCGAUCCUCAUCGCCGGCGCCGGCACCUUCGGCCUGUCGACCGCCUACCACCUCGCCAAGGCCGGGUACAAGAACAUCACGGUGCUCGAAAAGAGCCCAACCAUCCCGUCGCCCCUGUCGGCGGGCAACGACCUCAACAAGAUCCUGCGGGCCGAGUACGAGGACCCGUUCUACACCAACCUCGCGCUGCAGGCCAUGCGGGAGUGGAAGCACAACCCGGUCUUCGCGCCUUACUACCACGAGACGGGCUACCUGCUGUGCACGUCAGCGGCCGCACCAGAAAAGUCCAAGCGGUCGCUCGCCAAAUCGCUGUCCUCCAUCUCCUCGCACCCGGCUUGGCAGGGCGGCGUCAUCCACCCGGUCAACGAGCGGGAUGACAUCCGCACGCUCGCGCCGGCGCUCGACGGGCCCAUGCACGGCUGGACAGGCUACCUGAACAAGCUGGCCGGGUAUGCGCACGCCGCCGACGCCCUGCGCGCCACGCACGCGGCCUGCCGUGCGCUGGGCGUGACCUUCCACCUGGGCGACGGCGUCAUGGAGCUGCUUUACAAGGAUCACACUAAUAAUGUGUGCAUCGGUGCCCGGGCGGCCUCGGGCGCGGUGCACACGGCCGACGUAGUGGUGCUCGCGCUGGGCGCCGCGCUGGGGACGGUGCUGGGCCUCGUCGGAAGACAGAUCACGGCGCGGGCCUGGAGCGUCGGCCACGUGCAGCUCAGCGAGGAGGAAGCCGGCCGGCUGAAGGGGAUCCCCGUCACGUAUGCGCGCGACCUGGGCUUCUUCUUCGAGCCAGACGAGAAGACGCGGUUGCUGAAAGUGUGUCCGGCCGGAGCGGGAUACACGAAUUUCGUUAAGAAUGACUCAGAGGCAUCACCGGUGUCGGUUCCGCCCGAGGACAGCGGCUGGAUCCCGGCGAGCGACGAGGCCACCAUUCGCAAGCUUCUGGGGGAGACGCUGCCGGCGUUGGCGGACCGGCCCAUCGUGGACAAGAAGCUCUGCUGGUGUGCGGAUACGGCGGACACCGAGUACAUCAUCGACUUCGUCCCGGGGAAGACCGGCGUCAUGGUCGUGUCGGGAGACUCGGGCCACGCCUACAAGAUGCUGCCGGUGGUGGGGAGCUGGGUCAAGGAUGUGUUGGAAGGAGGGAGCCAGGACAUCCCACGCUGGCGGUGGAAGGCCGGCCAGGAUGCGGGCGGCGAUGUCAGUUGGAGGGUGGGCGAGAGUGUCGACAUCAAGGACGUGCAGGACAAGGUCAGGGGUUGACAACGGAGAGGAGUAGAAACAGAAUGUUAAAACCAUCCAUUUUAUCUUCAAUGUUCUGUAGCUGGUAUAUUUACCAAUACCUUGCACCGAAAAACAAAUGAAACCAUCCGUUGCCAUAUCA